CAUUGCUAUGGAAACCAGAGCGCUGGGCUGGCGGAAAUUGUGGCUCCGUGGUUGUGACAGGUCUUCUCUCUCCGGAAGACCCUCGCCUGAAGCUUCGCAGCACGGCUACAUCCUGAACGAACCCGCCCGCCCUCCUGCAUCAGAGAGUUUUCCAUAAACACAGCCUAGCAGAAAGAUCCAGUUGUCACACUUCACUCACUGCUGAUCCACCGCCUUGAUGACAGCACCCCCGUGUGCCUUCCCAGUUCAGUUCCGGCAGCCCUCAGUCAGCGGCCUCUCUCAGAUCACCAGAAGCCUGUAUAUCAGCAAUGGCGUGGCCGCCAACAACAAGCUCAUGCUGUCCAGCAACCACAUCACCACAGUCAUUAAUGUCUCGGUGGAGGUGGUGAACACCUUCUAUGAGGAUAUCCAGUAUAUGCAGGUGCCUGUGGCUGAUGCACCUAUCUCACGUCUCUAUGACUUCUUUGACCCUAUCGCUGACCACAUCCAUUGUGUGGAGAUGAAGCAGGGCCGUACACUGCUGCACUGCGCUGCUGGCGUGAGCCGCUCAGCUACCCUGUGCCUUGCCUACCUCAUGAAGUACCAUGCCAUGUCCCUGCUGGACGCCCACACAUGGACCAAGUCAUGCCGGCCCAUCAUCCGGCCCAACAAUGGCUUUUGGGAGCAGCUUAUUCACUAUGAGUUCCAGCUGUUUGGCAAGAACACUGUACACAUGGUCAAUUCCCCAAUGGGAGUGAUCCCUGACAUCUAUGAGAAGGAGGUCCGUUUGAUGAUUCCACUCUGAGUCAUGCUGCCAGGCCCUUCAUUGGGGUCAGAGGUACAGGACUGCUGUUGGUCCUAUACCAAGGUCCAGAUUUGAACUUUCCACUUUUGUUGAUACAGAAAAAAACAGAUGAUGCCUUUUAGGAGGGAAAGAAAAAAGAAAAAGUUGCUGCAGCUUUUAACCUUAUAAUCCAUACUUUAAAAAUUAGUCUCACUAAUUGUGAGAUGGUGAAAA